UUUCUCCAGCCUGAUAUCCCUUCAAUUCAAACUACCAAUUAGAGCAAUCGAGUGAGCAACACAGUCGAGGAUAGAUUUAGAUAGGUAUGGUCGCCAAUGUACAAGAUGUCGUCAUGCUCGUCGGUGACUCCCUCACUCAACGUGGAUGGGGGCAAGGAUGCUUCGCGCAGUUACUUGCAGAAGCCUACGUUCGGAAGCUCGAUGUUAUCAAUCGUGGCCUCGGGGGUUAUCAAACGGACUGGGCAAUUCCAGUUUGCGAGCAGAUCUUUGCCAAACAGGAUGAGCAACAUCACGUUCCGCAGGUCAAGCUACUCACGAUCUGGUACGGCGCCAACGACGCUGCACCUGCUCCCAGCCCACAGCACGUCCCGAUAGACAGAUACAAAACAAAUUUAAGCCAUAUCAUUCAAAUGGUGAAAUCACCGACUUCAGCAUACUAUUCCCCUGAGACUCGUAUAAUCUUGAUUACCCCGCCGCCGGUAAAUACGAAGCAAUGGGACAGGCCUGACAGUCCACGUGUAUUCGAGACUACGAGGGCAUACGCGGGGGCUGUCAAGGAAGUGGGCGAGAAAGAGAAUGUGCCCGUCGCCGAUAUCUGGACAAAGAUAUUCGAUGCCGCUGGUCGAAGUGAAGAGGCAUGCGAAAAAUACCUGAACGACGGGCUACAUCUAACCAGUGAUGGUUACAACAUCGUCUUCCAGGCCAUCAUGGACAUUGUAGAGCGCGUGUAUCCCGAAUUAGACCCUACUUGGGAAGCACAUGGGAGGAUGCAAACUGUGUUUGUACCCUGGGACCAAGUGGACGUACAGAAUCCAAGACCAUCUCUGAUGAAACGGAAAGCGCAACUUGAGUCCUGAAUAUCGAAUGGUCAUGAACGUGACCGUAUGGUUAACUUCUCUUAGAUUGUGACAUAUUAGAUGGUGUUCAUGCAUGUAGCGAGAUGAGAGGGGGACUGGGGACUGUGUGUGACCUGACAAGGAUGUUGCUGACUUUCAUAUCGGCCACGCAAUCCUGACCACAUGAUUAGUUUGCGAGAUGCUGCUUCGAAUUCAUAGAUUACUGUUGAGAGGGAUUAGCAACUGCUCCUACAUACGUACCCACAUACCUAUGCAAAAUUCUCGUUUCAAAUAAUAGUGAUCUGCCAUCGAACAGCACAACUGAGUUCGAACUUCUGUCAUUGAAAUCCUAU